AUGGGGACCCUCCGCCUCCCUUCGCUGGCGCUGCUGCUUCUCCUCCAGGGAAAUGCUGCCUCGCCUCUGUCUUGUAAAGGCGAAGACAAGUUCUACAGCCAUGAGUUGCAGAGGUGCUGCUACCAGUGCCGCUCAGGAUUCACACCAAAGACCAAGUGUCCCACAGAUCACCAAAGAGACUGUGUGAAGCAGUGUGGAGAGGGUCAGUUCCUGAACUAUGACAACACGACACCCCAGUGUGAGCAAUGUUUGUCCUGCAACCCAGAACGCAAUCUUGUAGAGAAGGCACCCUGCACACGCAAUUCCAGCAGGGUGUGUGAAUGUCAGCCGGGAAUGUACUGUCAGACGCCAGUCCGAAACACCUGUGCUCGAUGCUUGCCACUGACAACCUGCAAGCCCGGCUCCGGAGUCAAAAUCAGAGGCACUAAUGACCAGGAUACAGUAUGUGAAGCAUGUCCUCCUGGGACCUUCUCUGAAGAGGAUUCAAGUACUGAGACUUGCCAGCCUCACACAAUCAAUCCUGAGUUACAGCUGGUGACAGAAGGGAAAGAGAACUCCACCUGGGGGACCCUUGGAGUACACCUGUCUUUGGAGCCCAGUGUCCAGCAGGUGAUAGCCUUGGGGCCCUCGGGCAGCCCCGGCAUUCCCAGGGGUUCAGCGUCCUCCAACGUUCUGGACACGACCACCAGACAACCUGUGAAUGAAUCAAACACCAGAGGACCGCCGGAGAAGUCUUCAAGGGCAGAGGAAAAGGAUGUCACUCUCUUGGCCACGGCACUGCUCUUCACAGUUCUACUGCUGGCCGUCUUGGUGGUGCUGUGGAAGAAGAGAGCUUGCAAGAAGUGGAUUGUCCCCCACAAAGUGAACAUGUCCAACCAGGCCAAGAUUUGUGCCAUUGGAGCUCUGCUCCCUGCUGAGAAAGGCCCGGAAGAGACGGAUCUGAAGCCCCUGGAAUCCCUCACUGAAUCCUCCUGCGGCUCCCCCUUGGAAACGGAGGAAACUCCCAGCCUCGACCUUGAAGGAGCUGAACUGCUUCAGACGGAUGGCGGAGUGCUGGUGGAACCGGCCGUGAGGAGCCAUACCAGCAACUGUAUCGAAAAAAUAUACAUCAUGAGAGCCGACACCGUGAUUGUGGGGUCUGUUUCGGAAGUGCCCACUGGCAAGACCUGCUCGGCCAGAGGCGAAGAAGGGAUUUGCGGUGCCCAAGAAGAAGCUGAGGAAUCCGAGGCAGACAUGCACUAUCCCGAACAGGAAACCGAAUUCUCUCCAGGAAGUGACAUCACAACUCCCGUAGAGGAAGAGUGGGAGUUCCCCCACUCCAUCCUGGCCAACGAGAAGCCAUUGGGGAUCCAGGGGGGAAGUUCUGGAGGAGCCAGCUGA